AUGGGCUCUAUAUUAGCAAAGAUUCUCUUACCGACCAUCAGCAGCCUGGCACUGGUACCCACCAUCAGCAUUGCAGCCAAGAGGAAGUUCCACAUGGAGGCUAUGGUAUAUUUUUUCACCAUGUUUUUCAUUGCGAUGUACCAUGCCUGUGAAGGCCCCGGCCUCUCCGUGAUUUGCUUCAUGAGAUAUGAUCUGCUGGAAUAUUUCAGUAUCUACGGCACAGCCUUGUCCAUGUGGGUGUCACUGAUAGCAUUGGCAGAGUUUGAUGAGCCCAAGAGGUCCACACUUGUCAUGUUCGGAGUCCUUACCAUUGCAGUGACAAUAUAUCAAGAUCGCUUUGGAUAUGGCGUCUACUCAGGGCCUAUCGGUACAGCAGUGCUGGUAAUUACUGUCAAGUGGCUGACCAAAAUGAAGGAGACAAAAAGCCUCUACCCAGACAAGAGCGUGUACACACAGCAGAUAGGUCCCGGAUUCUGCUUUGGUGCUCUGGCAUUAAUGCUGCGUUUUUUCUUUGAGGAAUGGGAUUACACCUAUGUGCACAGUUUCUACCACUGCUCUUUGGCCAUGUCCUUUGUGUUGCUUCUUCCCAAGAUCAACAAGAAAGCGGGAAACGGAGGCACCCCUGCCAAGAUGGACUGCUCCACGCUGAGUUGUUGCGUCUGCUAG